AUGAUGUCUGAAGGAACCGAAGACCCAGAUCCAAUAUCUGAGGCCGUUGGAUACAUAGAGAAUGUUCUACAGUCCAAUGUCGAUAUUCAAUAUCAAGGAUUGAAAGGGCUCAUGUUGUGCUCAACGACACAUGUUGUAGAGUUGUUCAAGAACCCAUCGUUCUACUACCAUAUUAAGAGACACCCCAACCACAAACUUAAUCAUAUCAACACCAGUAGUGGCGGAAUUGGACACUCAUGCUCAAUUCCAAUCAACACAAGUGGUGGCAGUGGCCACAGCUCAACCUCGUCGUCACCUGCAACCUCUCCAAAUUCAUCCCCAUCAUCCUCUUCCAACUGUGUAUAUCCCGAUCCCUGCAACCAAUCACCCUCCAAACACAUAUCAGAGAUUGACUUUGACAAGUACUCAAAGAAGAGAAAGAGCACUUUAAAGUGUCUAAUUGAUCUCUGUCUCUCAGAGACCAAGAAGGUCCAGUCAGCCGCUCUAAGACUCCUGUGGCACCUUUCUGCUCAAGCCGACUUGAAGGUUCUGCUAUAUGAAGAGGGGGUGUUGGAUAGGCUAAAGUUGUUGAUUGCCAUCGACAAUGCAACAGCGGCAUCAUCUCCUGGAUCUAGCGCAGCAAACAAUAACAAAGAGGCUGAGAAGCAGAGUGGAAUUCACAGGACAGAGGUUCACUUGGCUUCAUCGGCAAUUCUGCAGAACAUCACAGAGUAUAGAUUUGAGCGUGGAGAAAUUAACCCCAACCAGGUCAAGAUUGUCAAUGAGGGUAUUGUUGAUCUGAUCCUUCUGCCAAGGUCAAAGAGCAACGACAGAAGAGUUCAAUUUCUCACCACGCUGACCAUUGCCAACCUGUCAAUGAACGAUGAGAACCACGCAAUACUAGACAGCCACAAAGCAUUUGACAUUGUCGAGUCGUUCGUUACCAACAACACAUUGCACAUGGACCUGGUGUGCCACUGGAUAACACUUCAACCUCACAUCCCUCUCCUACAUUCAAAGUACCCUCAAGUCCAAUUGUUUGCUCUCUACUGUUUAUAUAAUCUUAUGAGGAACGACCAAUACAAGGUGGAAGUAUGGAAAGGUCUCAGUGUUAAUAAUGGUGUUCACUCAAUAUUCCUUCUUCUCCACUCUCACCAUCCAAAGGUGGUAGAGUUGGCUCGUAAGAUUGCCGACCAGCUGCAGAUCGAGGAGCCAUCCGUGACAGUCAACACCACAAAGAUUGGAAGUGAUCUGAAGAAACUGUUCAACAACUCUGAGUUCUCAGAUGUGACGUUUAUCUGUGAGGGCAAGAAGAUCUAUGCACACAAGGCCAUUUGCGCAUCAAGAUGCGAGCAGUUGAGGGCAAUGUUCACCUGGGGCAAGGAGUCUCAGGAGAAUGAGAUACACCUACCUCACAUCCCUUACUCAUCCAUGUAUGGUGUCAUUGAGUACAUCUACUGUGGCGUUGCUUCAAUCACUUGGGACAAUGCUUGCGAUCUUCUCCAGUGGGCAGACUUCUUCUCUCUACAAGGUCUAAAGAGCAAAUGCGAAUUCUUCCUAUGGCACUACAUCGACCUGGACAAUGCACCAAUCAUUCUAUCUGUUGCUGAUUGCUAUGGAUGCACACAACUGCGCAAUGUCACUGCCAACUUUAUUGUCAGGAACUACGAGAAGAUAAAGGACAACGAGACAUGGGUCUACAAUGUAUCCCCGGAGCUCAAGAAGCAGAUCACCGAGAGAAUCUACACUCUGAUCACUUGCUCCUGUGGCUGCUUCUGCAGUUGUAUCGACGAGAAUGAUCCCAGAGUUGUGACUACCACUGGAGAGGAG